AUGGCCAACCAGCUCAUCAAGCAGAACAUCAAAACACAACUACUCAGAAUCGCAAGCACCAAGCCAUCGACCCACUUCAGCCUGCCCACCUGCUAUCAUCCUACCACUCCGUCUUCAUCGUCAACAAUAACAACCACUGCAUCUGCUCCAUCGCCAGAUCUUCAAGCUCAACAACAGCCCAUCCAUCACCAUCAACCACCACGAACACUCCCAGAAGCACGACCAGCCUCAGAACCAAGGUCGCUCUCAGAUCACGAAAUAUCCUCUUUCUACCGCGAUUUAAUCUCAUCACCGCUGCCCAACCCAACCCAGCCAUCAACGACCCCUGAGCCACUACCGACACCACAAGACCUCCAACCGGACCUUUCAUUCUCCUCAGAUACUCACUAUGUCGAAGUCCAUCGAUUACUCCAUCUCACCACCAACGGACCGGUGACUGCCUUCCAGAAGGCAGAUAAAUAUGUCCGCCGACUCGAGAAAGCCGGUGAUCCGCCAAGCACGGAGGUUUAUCUCCAGCUGUUCGAUUUCAUCAAUCAUGUGUCUAUGAAACGAGUAACCUCAAUUGAUCUGUUCAAUCGAUUGCGACUUCUGGCCCAUCCUGAUCCACCGAUCUCGAUUUGGAACGCCCUUCUAAGAGCAUUAGCUUCUGGUGCAAGCACUCAACCCGAGAGAGCGAUGGAUGCAUUCCUGGACUUGAAAGCAAAUGGCCAAGCUCCGACCGUAGAAACGUACAACCAUUUGAUGCGCUCUAUGAUCCGCGCCAGACGGUCUGCCAUCGGAACUUUCGAUCGUAAGACGGGCUAUGAAAAAUGGUACUACAGCGCUUUAAGACUGUUGAAACAAAUGAUCGAUGAUGAUGGUCUGAGGCCGAAUAUGGGCACCUUCUUGGUUCUCCUGGAAGGUGCUAAGCGACUGGGAGAUCUGGAAAGGGCCAAGUGGACUUACGGCUUAUUUCUACAACAACUCAACCAGGAGAAACAUAACCCAUCGGCCAAGGUCCAGGAAAUCGUCUGGAUGCAUGUCUCCGCUACAACCUCUUUAUUCCAGACUUACGCCUCCUUCUCACCAGUCAACAAGUAUCUGCUCAGCCAUCAGAAGAACCAGAAAAAGAAGGCGACAGGCGAUGAGCCUCCUCAAGCAGUUAUCCAAUCUUCGUUAAAUGAUCCCCAUUUUUUCAAAAACAUUCCUCAAACAACACCCGAGAUCCUCAGUGAGAUUGAAUUGAUUCUUGCCCAAUUCAUCAAUCCAACGAACCAAUUCCGCAUGCGAACGCGUCACCGGGCCGACCAGAGACAACUAUCGAUGUUAAUAAGCUCAUAUCUCUCCGUUUAUUCUUCCCAUUCGACGAUCGAGGAGUUGUACUCGAAAUAUAAGACCCACACCCAUCCGAUCAGCGACUUCAACCAGGGCCAAUUGGGUGCGGUGCGGAUCAGUUGGACCUAUUUGAUCCUCUUAGAACGCUGUGAGUUCCUGAGGUCGGCACAAAAAGCCGGCCAGGUCGGCAGGGAAAUCUUCCGCGAAUGGCAGACCAACCAGCCCGCGUUGUCGCAGUUCGAGUUGGUCCAAUCAGUCGAAUCUAGAUUGAUUAGCCAGAUUUGGGCCGCAUGGAUUAGGUUGCAGGCUAAAUAUGGUUCCACCGAAGAAGCGAUGCGAGAGCUAGAACGGUUCUAUAAGACAUACCCGCCCAAGUUCCUUCCAAAGCCCAAAGGCCAAAAGGACGAUGAACAAGGAGAGGAAGAAUCGCGCUCAUUGACGACAGUCGGCGCCCCGCCUUCCUCCUCCAGCAUCGCAGAGUCAAACCAUAUCCUCAAUCUUCCCUAUCUGUCCUUCCAACAUCUGGAAAUACUUCACCAUAAACUGAAGCUCAGCGAGGACCAGAGAUCGAUCAAGCGCCUCCAAUCGAUCGUCAAAAAAUACGAGACCGUCAGGAGAAGUGCGUAUGACUUCAACGAGCUCGAGAGAAUCAACCGGAUCCAAAAAGGAUAUUAA